CUUCACCAAUCUCUUUUAAGUAUCAAUAACUUCUCACUACUCACAAGAAAAAACAUCCUUAAUUACUUUCUUUUCUCCAAAAUAAAUAUAAUUAUUAAUAUUUGUUUUAUUAAUAUUAUUAGUAAUUAAGGUACGUAUGUAUAUUAUGUCGCCGUGUGAGCAGGAAACAGUAGAAAGGAGGUCUGCCAACUAUGCCCCUUCUAUUUGGACCCACCAAUUUAUUCAAUCUCAAACCAGUGAAUAUUUGGAUGAGAAAUAUGUGGAGCGAGCUGCAAAGCUGAAGGAAAGGGUGAGGGGUUUAUUGGUACAAAAAGAGGGGACAUUAUUAUUGGAUCAAUUGGAGCUUGUUGAUGUUCUUCAAAGACUUGGUUUGUCACACCAUUUUGACCAUGAAAUACAUGAAAUACUCUCAGCCUUGAACCAAAAACAUCACAAUAAUGAUAUGAGUCUCCUCUACCAAGCCUCUUUACUCUUUCGGCUGUCGAGACAACAAGGGUACCCUAUCUCCCAAGAGAUAUUCAAGGGGUUCAUGAAGGAAGGACAAUUCGAAGAGAGGCACAGAGAGGACCCCAAAGGACNACUGCUGAGUCUGUACGAAGCUUCUUACCUCAGCAUAGGAGAUGAAGAAAUAUUGGACAAGGCCAAAGUUUUCAGCACUCUUCACCUCAACAAUGGCGACGGCGAAAAGGAGUUGCCUUUGCAUUGGAUGAUUCAGAGGGUGGAGUCGAGGCGGUUCAUAGACGCGUACGAAAAAAGAUUAGCGACGAAGAAGAAGGAGAAGAAUUCAUGCGAGGUAGUGGAAGAAGAAGAAGAAGAAGAAAUUGUUAUUUUGGAGCUUGCCAAGUUGGAUUUCAACAUGAUGCAGGCAAUUUAUUUGAAGGAACUGAAAGAAGUGUCCAGGUGGCAUGAAGAGAUAGGGCUGGGUGAAGGGAUGGGGAUGGGGUCUUGCACAAGGAGUAGAGUGGCGGAGGGUUUUCUAUGGAGCGUGGGGUUUAUGGAUCAGCCACAAUAUGAGUAUUGCAGGAACAUUAUCUCAAAGAUCUCUGAGCUCAUUGCUGUCAUAGAUGAUGUGUAUGACGUCUAUGCUACCCUACAAGAAGCCCAAAUCUUGACUGAUGCCAUCACCAGGUGGGAUGUGAAGGCUAUUGAGGAGGAUGGGCUACCAACUUGCGUUAAAGUUUGUUUAUUGGCUCUCUUCAAUUAUGUUAACCUCAUCGCUUAUGACGUUCUUAAACAAGUUGGAAUUAAUGUUCUUCCCUACCUCAAAAAGGCCUGGGGUGACUUAGCAAAAUCAUACAUGGUGGAAGCAAAGUGGUACCACAAUGAAGAGAAACCAAGCCUAGAUGAGUACCUAGAGAAUGGGCUGGUGUCGAUCGGAGCUCCGGUGGUACUCAUAGAAGCUUACAUUGCCAUGGCCUCCGUGGCGGCGGCCAACAAAGAGAUGACACCGGCGAAAAUGCUGGAAGACUUGAACUACCUAGUGGAAACCCCCGAAAUUGUCAGGUACUCGUCCAUCAUAUGCCGGCUGUGCGACGACUUGGGGACGUCACCGGACGAGAUGGAGAGAGGCGACAUCCCCAAGGCGGUGCAGUGCCGCAUGAACGACACAGCGUGCCACGAAAACGAGGCCCGCGAGUUCAUUCGGAAAUUGGUGGAGGAGAAUUGGAUAAAGAUGAACAGGUCGUCAUGUGCUCUUUUGGUGGGGGGCGGCGGCAACUCCCAUUUCCCAAGGGAUUUCGUCACUACUGUCCUCAACUUGCCGCGGACUUGUCUGCUCUUUUACCGACACGGAGACGGUUACGGCCGGCCGGAGGGGACCACCAAGCAACACAUCUCGUCGCUCUUUUUCCGGCCAUUCGACAUCACCGCUCUUCCAUGAUUUCCCAUCGCCGACCGCCGGUCAUCUUUCUCAGCUCAGUUUGACUUUUUUUCAAGUUAAAGUACUUAAUGGAUAAAAUUGUGUCUGCUGCUGUUUACUACGUAGUACUUGUGUUUAUUUAUUAUGUAUGCUUGUGCUUACUGUCAAGACGCUGUACGUGGUACAUUCACUAUUACUACGUACUCCCUCCGUCCCAAAAAGAUUUACACCUUUCAAAAAAAUUGUGUCCCACAAUCUCCUACCCAUUUCUAUUAAAAAACCACUUUUACCCCUUACUUUUUCAAACCCUACCUAUCACAUCAUAUCUUUUUCCUAAUAAUCUACACAUCAUAUCCUACUUUUACCCAUCACAUCAAGGGUAUUUUUGGAAAGUCAACACAAAAUUAUCCCUCCCUUAAUUUCUACUUUAGUCAAAAUGGGU